AUGUCGUACAAGGCCUUCUAUACGUACAGGUUGUCUUGCAAGACUAAUUGUAAGAGAUUGGACGAUAUGACCUACAAGAUAAACUCUUUUUACGAAGAGCAUAAUCAUACACUUGUGGAAGAGGGGGAUUAUCAGUUUUUGAGUGCUGCUAGAAAUUUGUCUGUUGUUCAAGAAGAUUUUAUUCAGAACUUGUCAAAGUUGAAUAUUGGACCUGUUCAAGCAUUCAACAUUAUGAGAACUCAUUAUGGUGGUUUUGAGGAAGUUGGCGCCACAGCAGUUGAUUGUAAGAACUUGAAGAGAGAUAUUAAUGCUUACAUUGGUAAACACGAUGCUGAAAUGGUUGUUUCUCGUUUGAUGGACAAGAAACGUUAUUUACCUGAUUUUUCAUGUGAGUAUCUCAAUGAUGACAAAGGUGAGCUUCGUGGUCUGUUUUGGGCUGACGAAGAAAUGAAGCAUAAUUAUAUGCAAUUUGGGGAUGUUAUCGCAUUCGAUUCCACGUUUCGUUCAAAUAAAUAUGACAUGGUAUUUGUCCCUUUCACCGGCAUAGAUAAUCAUCACAAGAACGUUACCUUUGGUGCUGCUCUGUUAGCAUCAGAGAUUGCUGAGUCAUAUAAUUGGUUAUUAUCGGCUUUUAAAAAAUGUUAUGGACGGGAACCACGUGUAGUUGUUACUGAUCAAGACCCCGCGAUGAAAAAGGCGAUACGGGAGGUGUUUACUACGAGUCGACACCGGCUGUGCAUGUGGCACAUCAUGAAAAAGGUUGCCGAAAAGGUUGGGCCGACGUUGAAGAAAGAUAAGUCUUUUAAACAACGCAUUUGUGACAUUAUUUGGACUGAUGCAAUUCAGCCGGAGGACUUUGAGGAAAAGUGGAAAGAAAUCAUGAGUGAUUUUCAUUUGACUGGAAACAAAUGGUUGUCCGAUAUGUAUGCAAUUAGGAAUGAUUGGAUCCCUGCUUAUUAUCGUCACGAGAACAUGUCAGGUUUGAUGCGAACAACAUCUCGUUCAGAGAGCGAGAAUUGUUUUUUUGGUCAAUUUAGAAGCAGUAGUCAUACCCUUGUUGAAUUCAUCAGUCAUUUUGAAACGGCAAUUGAGUCACAACGAUACAAGCACCGAAAAAAUGAUCACGACACAAGGAAUACAACUCCGGAUUGGGUUACGGAUUUAAAUUUUGAGAGAGAAGCUAAUGAAAUAUAUACCAGGAAUAUAUUUAACGAUCUUCAGCAUGAGUUACUCCUCGGUGUUACAGAAUCACACUCUAUGAACAUUGAACAAGUCGGUGAAUUUAUUAAGUUUUCAAUUAAGGAUUUAGAUGUUGAAGGUUCAGUUUUGCGUGAGGUGCUUUUUCGAGAAGAUGAUAUGGAAAUAAAAUGUAGCUGUGGUAGAUGGACGAGAGAUGCUGUCCCAAGGAAGACUGUUACGUCAGUUAAGGAGAACGCCGAAGCUAAUCAGACAGUGGACGGUGUUAAUAAAGUUGUACGUGAAAUUAUGAUUGGGACUGAGUAUAUUGUUGAUAAAUUGUCAAAGGACAUGGAGAAGCUGGCGUUGUAUAGAGAUAAAGUUAAAGGCGAUAUAGCUCAACUAGAUGAGAUUUUUGGGUCUUCUCAACCUAUACAGAAGAAGGACAGAAUUGCUACUUUGCUUGGGUUUAAGCAACCUGAUAAAGAUACUGUUCAAGCUCCGGUUGGUAUUAGAACUAAGGGGUGUGGUUUUAAAAAACGGAUUAAGUCUACUUUUGAGCAAGUUUCUACUAAACAGCCAAGGAAGCAAAGGACAUGUGGUAUAUGUGGUUCUCACGAGCACGACAAGCGUAAAUGUGAUAAAAAACCGGAAGCAAGUUGA